CUGUUCACAAGCCACCACGAUCCAGCUCACUAUUAUAUCCCUGGUUUGAGUGAACCUUCAUCGCCAUCUAACUACCCGACCAUGCUCGUGCCACAUCCCGGACAUCCCAGUCAUGCUAUCGUUUUUGAAAAUGAGUCGAGACCACCGAGAAAUCGUCCGAUUCCAACUCACAUCUUGGUCACAGCAAGUAAUAACAAGCGUACGAAGCACCUCAAGCCGCCAUCUAAUAACAAACUUAAAACUAAACCCGUAACUAUACUUACGCCUGUAACUUUUCCUGUGCAGUCUUCAAGUCAAUCCGCUUUAUUUCAUCCAACUUCUAAUUAUGCUGCACCGUUACCGACCAGUCACGUGCGACGCCCAGUAGCACAAACAAAGCAAGCCGAGCCAAUAUCCACCAUAAGCAGCGCCCAGUACAGUAGCGCCCCGUCGGCCCCCAUGCUGCUGGAGGAGGAGCCGGCGGCCCUGUGUGGCAGCCUGCCCCCGGCGUACGCGACCAUAGACCCGAAGAAGCUGCGCGCCAUGCACGCGCGGCCCGCCGUGUUCAAGCGCGGCGCCGUCACCCACGCCCGCCAGUACCAGCUUUUGUGACACUACGCGCCACUGGGAGCCGCGCGUGACAAUCUGGUCAGUUAUAAAUGUUAGCCAAAUAUUUUAUACUUUACGUACUACUUGUAAAUGUAGGUGUUUAUGCCUAUAUUCUACUUACUGAAUUUUGUUGUUAUCAUAUUUUUGCGAUGGAAGACAGAAGCUUUACAGCAGUAUAAGGCGAACGAGUUAUAAACUGGACAGGUAAACAUGUUAUUUUUGGUGAUGUAUUAAGCUGUGAAACUAAAGAAUAAGCUCAUGGGCUGUAGAUGUACCUACUAUUUACCAAAUGAUUACAUAUACGUAGGUACGAGCUAUAGUGUAGUAUAACAUACAAAUAACUUCGUACCAAAUAAGAACAAAUUGUGAGCAAGUAAGAAGCACAAAUGUUAGAUAACAAAUAUUCUUAUGUUUGUUAGAUCACAUUUUGUACUCAAUUCCAUUGUAAGUAUAGUUAUCAGUGAAACUGAUCGAUAACUUUUUUUAAUUGUAAACGUACGAACUGUAAUUAAUUGUAAAUACAAAAAAAAUGUUAAUGUAAGUAGUUUUAUAUGAAAACAAAUUGUUUGCUUUCCUGCAAAUUGAUAAGCAG